AUGCAUGGCCAUCUACCGCAGGAAAAGAAAGAGAUCAGACAUUUUAUGAAUGGUGAUUGGGAAAACCUCCCUGAGGGUCUCCUUGACGCAAUUGCACAGCGGUUACCUCUGACGGAUUGCUUAGCCUUCCAUGAUGUCUGUACAUCCUGGAGAAGAGUUGUUGCAAAGCUCUCCGGUUUCCAUGCACGAAGGUUUCCAUGGUUGGUUCAGUGCAGAGAAGACUGCACCGACUUCAUCAUAACUUGCUUUAGUGUACUAGAGAACAAACUGUGGGAGCUGGAGUUGCCUGAGGCUCCUUUCAAAUACAUCGUGGGAUCAUUCCAGGAUUGGUUGAUACUGAAAAAGGUAACUUUCUCCAGUACAGAGUUUUUUCUCCUGAACCCCUUCUCCAGAGCUAUAGUCGUUCUUCCCAAGGUAUCAGACAACCUUUUCUACGAGCUGGUGCUCUCAACAGUUCCCACCGAUGCAAACUGUGUCUGCAUGCUCAUAAGUCCAUACUGUAAUGGGGUGAUCUUGUAUUGGGUUCCAGGAACAGAAAGGUGGAUUCCAGAUUGUAGUAGAUUGACAGGAGGAAAGGUCAUUGUGGAUUUUGUGUGUUGUAAAGGAAAUUUCUUUCUAUUGGACAGUGACUAUGAUAUAGUGGUAAUUGAUACCAGAAAUAUUGUAUCGAUUCCUGUAAAAGGAUAA